GAACAAACGAAAAUUGAGGAAAUUUCUCUACCUUCUGAUCUAACGUAUCCAAAAAGGUAUAUCUACAUCAUAGUACUUUGUUUUGUUUUAGACGAGGAAGUUACAGAUAGAUUUAUAUUUGAUAUCUCCGUUGAAAUGUGGACUUUUAUGAAGAUUUCGCAUCUCCAAGAUGGAUCAUCUUCUGUCUUAGCAAAACGGCAAGGCGAAUCUCAAGAUUAUAACCAUAAGUCUGUUGCUCCUUCAGUCACAGAUUUUUGGAAUAAACUUUCAGAAGCGCAGAUCAUCCUUAAAUUUCCAAAAGAUUUUAACAAAACUGCAUUCACUCCAUCUAAAUACAUGAAAAUUGAAAUUGUGCUGGAUAGCGAUGUAAUGUUGAAUGCACAAGAUGAGUUAAUAUUUAAUGAUAGUAAACCUGUGCUGGAAUCAGUAGAAUCAUUGAAUUUUGUGAAAUUUUUACGUUUCUGUGAAUCACCAGAUGGAAUUGUUUAUGGAAUAAAAACAUGGGAUAUAUUAAUAAAGAAAUCAUACCUGCAGAUGAUUGAAAAGCUUAAAACUGAUCGUAUUAAAGAAGAAAUAAAAGGGUGUACCAUAGUUGGAUCACCCAGCAUUGGAAAAACACACUAUUCAUUAUACCUUGCUUUCUAUAUUACUUAUCGCUAUUCUUCAACAGAUUUUGUUUAUCAACAAUUAAAUGAAGGCAAAUCUUAUACCCUUCAUAUCAACCAAAAAAACAAAAGUACACAUCCUAGAAAUUAUUAUGCUCCAAUUUGGACUGAGGAAGAAAUCUGGAGUGUUUGGAAUUGGAAUAAUCAUUACAAGAAUAAAAUAUCUGAGACUCGAGUCAAGGAGCUGAUUGAGAGGUGGGGAUGCAUACUACGACGAGUUUUUGUUGAAUAUAAUGAUGAGCCAGAUCUUGAUCGUUUACUUUCUCGCUGUAAUAUUCACAAGUAUCUUCAAAAUGAUGGGACAGGGUUACAUGAUAAUUAUUCUGGAAAGAUUAUACAUAUUAUUCCUAAUGAUGAUUUUACAAAAAAGGAAUAUGCUUCCGUUUCAUAUGAAAUAAGUAAAGCUUUAUACAAUUACUAUGCAAAGAAUACAAGAGAAACAAUCAUUAAAAUAAUUCGAGAUUUUGCAAAGACCGCCAGUGGUCCAUUAGCCGGCAAACUUUUUGAAAUGAUGGCUCAUGAUAUCUUGUGA